CUCGUAUUAAAUUGCAGAUUGAGUUACCAUGGCGACUGUGGCUGGUACCUAUCUCCACGUGUCUGACAUAGUAGUCAUCAUCGUCUACUUCCUGCUCGUGCUAUUCGUGGGAUUAUGGAGUUCACGGAAGAACAGCGGUAGCGCUGGCGGGUAUUUCCUUGCCGGACGAAAUAUGAACUGGAUUCCGGUCGGAGCCUCGUUGUUUGCCAGCAACAUCGGCAGCCGCCACUUCGUCGGCAUGGUCGGCUCGGGGGCAUCCACCGGCAUAGCCAUUUACCUGUAUGAGCUGAACGCCAUGUACGUGCUGAUGAUACUUGCCUACAUAUUUCUUCCCGUAUACAUCGCAUCUGGGGUUUUUACGAUGCCGGAGUACCUGAAAUUGCGAUUCGGCGGGAACCGGAUACAGAUCUAUCUGGCCGUGUUGGCGCUUCUAGUCUACAUCUUCACCAAGAUCUCAGCAGAUUUAUACGCAGGGGCCAUUUUCAUCGAGCAGUUCCUUAACUGGAACAUCUACCUCUCCAUUCUAGUGCUUCUUGCCGUCGCUGCAGUAUUUACAAUAGCGGAUAAGUAUGGGCUGGGCGGCCUGACAGCGGUCAUCUGGACUGACUUCAACCAGACCAUCAUCAUGUUGAUAGGAGCACUCGUCUUGGCAGUCAUGGCGUUCAUAGAGGUGGGCGGUAUUGCCGGGAUAAAAGCAAAGUACCCGGAUGCUGUCUCCAACCACAGGCGCUACAGCGAGACGAACAGCACGUGCGGGCGGCCACGUGGGGACUACAUGCACCUAUUCCGGGACCCUGUUACGGGAGACAUACCCUUGCCGGGCCUGGUGGGUAUCACAUUCAACUCAAUAUGGUACUGGUGUUCGGACCAGGUAAUAGUUCAGCGCACCCUGGCGGGAAAGACGUACGACCACGCGAAGGCGGGUACGAUCCUGUGCGCGUACAUCAAGAUACUUCCGCUCUUUAUGCGUGUACUUCCGGGCAUGAUUGCGCGCAUUCUGUUAACAGACCGUGGAUGUACAGACCCGGAAAUAUGUAAAGAAGUGUGUGGCAGUCCAGGGGGAUGUUCCAACGUAGCAUACCCCACCCUUGUAGUUAACCUAAUUCCUCCGGGUGCGCGCGGAAUGAUGCUCGCGGUUAUGAUGUCAGCGCUGAUGUCAUCGUUGACGUCAAUAUUCAACAGCAGCAGCACCAUAUUCGCCAUGGAUAUCUGCACUCACAUCCGGAAGAAGGCGUCCGAACUGGAGCUGAUGAUUGUGGGAAGGAUGUUCGUGAUUGUCCUCGUCGUGAUUAGUAUCAUCUGGAUCCCGGUCCUACGGCUGACUGGUACCGAGCUCUUUGUGUAUAUCCAGGAGGUGUCGAGUUUUCUACAGCCGCCUAUCUGCUGUAUUUAUCUCCUGGCCAUAUUUUGGCCUCGCCUCAACGCACUUACCUUCUGGGGCUUAGUUUUCGGUAUGUUGGUCGGCCUGGCCCGCUUCGUGGGCGAGUACUCAUUCAAAGCGCCCGUGUGUGGGGAGGAGGACACCCGCCCCGGUAUUAUCAAGAACUUCCACUAUCUAUACUUCUCCAUAUUUUUGUUCGUUGUUACCGGAAUGGUCGCCACUAUCGUUACUAUGGCGACCAAACCCAUCAAUCGCCGCUGUUUGUACCGGCUCACAUUCUGGAUGCGGCACAGCAAGAAGCCGCGCCUGGAUAUCGACUCCAUGCACGCGAAAUACUCGAGCUCGAGCAGUGAAACCUCCUCCGAGUCGAAUGAACGCGAGAUGCAGGUGCUCAAACAAACAGAGGAGAGUGGGGAUGUGCCACAAAAGCUAGACGGUAACGAAGGGGUUGACGUGAUAGUGGACGACUCGGAUCAUAACACAAAACACGCGUACUGCGUGGACAUAGAUGACGUGAUUGUAACAACACCAUUCAACGAGGACAUGGCUUAA